UGCUCUUUGUGAAGGACUUUCUCUAACGGUAGUCACAAACCUUAAGUGUGCUUCUUUUUCGGAACUAAGUGGACUCCGAGAAGAACCUUGCGUUCAAUAUUACGCAUGUCCCUCAAGAUUCUCACUCACUAAUCUCUUCAACUUUAAUUCGUAUGGGAGUGGUGGAAACAGUCCCAAUCAGUGUCCUUCCGACACUUUAUACGAUCCUUUUGCAGACACAUGCAGGUUAUUCUCGUCCUCCCGUAGAACUCACGGCUCAUUAAACAAUACCACCCCCUUACAAAACUGCAGCGAACCCGCUCUGACGUUCACAUCGGAAGAGUUCCGUGUCCUUCCCAAUGGUAGCGUCCUCCUGUUGGGUUCUAACGUGUCCUGCCCAGCUGAGCAUGUGGCCAUUCUGAACACAACAGCAUCGAUCUGCGGGGAGUGCAUUCUUCAGUACUUCUCAAACUACACACAGAUACCUAACCCUUGGGACGCUACCCAGGGCUGGUUAACCCUAGGUCUUGUGAUAGUGUCCGCUGUAGCAGUGUUUGGUUACGUAGUCCACAAUAUAAGAUCUGGUCGGUGGGAGAAAGUCCCAGAAAAGCUGAAGGUUCAGAUGUUGGUAUGCAUGGCGUUUGCUGAAGUCUUGUUUAUGGUACGUGUGAGGGUCCCCCUCGGAUCGGCUUGUGCAGCGUUCGCGAUAAUUCUUCACUACUUUCUGUUGACGGCCUUCACAUCCAUGAACGCGCUUGCCAUGGACCUCUUUCUAACGUUUCGUGAUGCUUUAGAAAGAGCGAAGCUGUACCAGUACCUGUUGUACACAUGGCUGAUGCCGGUCCCUAUAGUCAUAGUGACUGUGAUUGUAGAGUUCGGCAGUUCCGUCAGUGUGGGGUACGGAGAGAACUGUUGGAUCGGCAAUCCGGUAGCCAACCUGCUGGCUUUUGGAGUCCCUGUCUUCAGCGCCAUUCUAGUCAAUGCUGUCUUGGCCACUUUUGUCUUGCUUGCCAUACGGAAGUCAUUUGAGAUAGCCGACAAGGCAAAGUCACGUUCGAACAGCAGCAAGGCUUGGGUUUACCUGCGUAUCUGCUUCCUGACGGGGUUCACCUGGAUUCUCGGCUUCAUCUAUCCUUACGUCAACAGCCGAGCUGUCGAGUACAUCUUCAUUGUGCUGAAUGCUUCUCAGGGCCUUCUACUGGCCCUGAUACUGACAAUAACAUCGAAGAUGGUGCGAGAAAUGGAAGGUGGCGAUCAGGGAACGCUUUGGUCUGGCUGA